GUCGGGCCCGCAGUGCUGCCCGGCCUCUCCGCGCCGCUCGGGAAUGAGUGGAGCCGCAUUCCCGUCUCCAGCUGCCGAGAUGGCAGAAAUGAACCGCCUCCAGUAUGAGAUGGAAUACACAGAAGGGAUCAGUCAGCGCAUGAGGGUCCCCGAAAAACUCAAAGUAGCUCCUCAAAAUGCUGACCUGGAAAAGGACAUCCCAGAAGGAUUUCCAAAUGCCAGUGUAACUAUGCAGGUUCCAGAGCGGAUUGUAGUGGCAGGUAAUAGUGAAGACAUUCCAUUUUCCAGACCAGCAGACCUUGACAUUCUUCAAUCUACUCCAUUGAAACCACUGGCACUGAAAACUCCUCCCCGUGUUAUUUCUCUUAGUGAUCGACCGCUAGAUUUUUUGGACCUAGAAAAACCUCCACAGCAGACACCUCAAAGUGAAGAGGUCCGCUCAGUGGGAAGACUGAAGAGAGAACGUUCCAUGAGCGAAAACGCCACGCGGCAGAACGGCCAACUGGCCCGGAAUGACUCCAUGUGGCACAGAUCAGAUACUGUCCCAAGAAAUAAAAUGCCACGGUUCCAGUCACCUCUUUCGACUAAGGAUUGCACUGUGACACCAUCACUGCAACAGGCUCGUGUCUGUCCUCCCAAUAUGUUACCUGAAGACGGAACUAAUCUUUACUCUGCUCGUGGCAUUUUGUCGUUUAUCCAGUCUUCCACUCGUAGGGCUUACCAGCAGGUCUUGGAUGUGCUGGAUGAAAACCGCAGCUUGGACAAGGACAAUAGGCCAGUGUUACGUGGUGGGUCAGCUGCUACCACUUCCUCUAACCCUCAUCAUGACAACACCAGAUAUGGUCUCACCAACUUCGACACGACACUCGAGGGAACACCAGAUGACAUGACAGUUGUGGAUGCUGCUUCCUUAAGAAGACAGAUAAUCAAACUUAAUCGCCGUCUACAACUUCUGGAAGAAGAGAACAAAGAGCGAGCCAAGAGGGAAAUGAUCAUGUACUCAAUUACUGUAGCUUUCUGGCUACUCAAUAGCUGGCUUUGGUUUCGGCGCUAGACAUGGCCCUCGGAAAGAUUUCAUAGUUGAAAACACAAACAAUUUGCAAAACUCCUUGUUUCUGUUUCUGAAAUUGUAUGCUGUUUUAUAAUUCAGACACUGGAAACUCCCACCACAGAUAAAGGCUCUAGAAUUGCAGUGUUAAAGGGACACCUUGUUGUUCAGUUGUAACGUAUUUAAUAGAUUUGCAUUGCAAAUACUGCAGUAUCCUCCUUUGCAUGCUUCUGUGUAAACAUGGAUCAGCCCAUGGGAAGUUUGCUUCAUGCAGUGUAAGGACUCCUGAGUAAUCUCCAGGACUAACCACUGGAGGUUUUGUUGUGGCGGGAAGAGAACAAAUAGAAUGGAUUUGGAAAAAAAAAAUACAAAAACAAAGGAAUACAAAUUCAUUUUUAUUGUUCUGUUGUUAGAUGCAAUUAAACAAUUGCACUAGUUUUCCUUUAGUCCAAGUAGUUUGAGGUGUGCCAUAAUCAAGGAGUGUGUCCUGUUUAUGAGUAUGUUCCUUGUUUAAGUACUUGUUUGGGUCGAAUAAUAAAAGGAAUUCUUUGCUAACAUGCAGAUUGUCCAGAGGUGUGUAAUAUGUACUUUUUUUAGGUUUAAUUUUGCAGAUGUUUUUCUAAAAAAUACAUUUUUAAGCAAGUCAGUCUAUGAGUGGUCAAAAGAUUAUGGAGUACAAGAUAUUGAUGUAGUAUAUUUAAUAAAACUCUCUCAAAAAAAA